CAAUAACUUCUACUUUACACAAGCAUGUACAUUAAAUACAGCAGUAUAUUACGAAAAUAUAAACUUGAUUUUAAUGUACGUAACAUUUUUUUAUAAGUAAACAAUAUGAAACAACAUAAUUACUAUAAUAUACAUUGCUACAUUUCUAAAUAAAAGUACAAUACAUACAUAUAUUUCUGACAUAUAAUCCGCAGUUUUUUAUUAUUUAUUAUCAGUGAAAAAGUUAAUAUAUAUAUUAUUAAAUAAUGAGUUCUCACGGUAAAGCAGAAACCGAAAGAUUGAAACAAAAUUUAGAAGAACAGCUUGAUAGAUUAGUACAACAAUUGGAGGAUCUUGAAGAAUGCAAAGAUGAAAUGACUAAUGAAGAAUAUGAAGAAGCGAAAGAAGAAACAAUGGAACAACUUCGUGAAUUAAAUGAAUCAUUACAAAGAAUGAUUUCUGGAAAUAUGACUCUUAUCAAUCAACUUGGAGCAAUGCAAUUGGCAGCUCAAGCAGCAAUAAGUGCAGCUUUCAAAACUCCUGCUGUAAUUAGAAUGUUUGGAAGACGCGAGCCUGAUCAACUCAGAGAACGGCUGUUUCAAAUUGAACGUGACAUAAAACUUGGAAAACUGAAUAAAGAUGCUGCUGAUCGAUUACGUGCUGAAGUACUGAGUGCUUUAAGACAGCUUGGAGAAAAAUUGGAUCCUUCUGAAUUACAAUUAUUAGAAAAAUUUUCUUUAAAUAGUAUAGAUGCAACAAGCUAUGUACAAGUGACAGAGGCUGUAGAAAAGGGUCAAAUGGCUUUAGCAGCAGUUGGUAAAGAAGUUAGAGCUACUCAAAGUACCUAGAAUUUUUAAUUAUAUCUUAUAUCAAUAUGUGUCUAUAUAUUAUCUAUAUUUCCUAUUUUCAUAUAAUAAUUUUAAAAUAAUAUUAAUUUACAUUUAAUUAGAACACCUUAUUUUAAAUAUUAUG